AUGACAAAGGCUAAGCAACAAUCACCAAAAAGCAUCUUGAACAAAGUUCAAAAGAAGUCCUUGAAAAGGACACCAUCAGCACAGGAAAUGAGAGCGGCGACCAAACGACUCCGCUCGUUGAGCUCAACAAUUGCUGCAAUGCAGGAGACGGUGGCGAUGAAGGAAGAACGGGAUCUUGUGUCGGCGAUGCAGCAUUUGAGGAUCAGUUCCCCUUGCAGCUCCCCACCAGUGGCAAGGCAAGUUGAUGAAGAUGCGAGUGAGCAGUGUGAGCAAGCUGCCACUGGUGGCGGAAAAACAAGUGAGGAGUGUGAAAGCACUUCUUUCAAGACUGUGCCUUUGUCGAUGAUCAUGGAGCGUUUUGUGGAGUGUCGUGUGGAUUACGUAGUGCACCAACUAGAUUACGUACUUGAAUAA